AUGGAGGAAAGGCCAGAGACUGAACUAAUAUCAAUACCUGCCACCCCACGCGCGUCGACGCCGGAGAUACUGACACCUUCCGGUCAGAGGUCGCCGAGGAAGGAAUCCAGCACGGCCAAGUCAUGGACUCCCACUUCGUUCAUUUCGCCGAGGUUCUUGAGCCCCAUCGGGACACCCAUGAAGAGGGUUUUGACUAACAUGAAGGGGUAUUUAGAGGAGGUGGGGCAUUUGACGAAGCUGAAUCCGCAGGAUGCUUGGCUUCCCAUUACGGAAUCACGCAAUGGGAAUGCACAUUAUGCGGCUUUUCAUAAUCUGAAUGCAGGUGUGGGAUUUCAGGCCUUGGUCCUGCCUGUUGCUUUCUCUUUUCUUGGAUGGAGUUGGGGAAUAAUUUCUUUAAUUAUAGCCUACAUCUGGCAACUAUACACCCUAUGGAUUCUAGUUCAGCUACAUGAAGCAGUUCCUGGGAAGAGAUACAAUAGAUACAUUGAACUAGCUGAAGCAGCCUUUGGGGAACGAUUGGGCGUCUGGCUUGCUCUUUUCCCCACUGUUUACCUAUCAGCAGGGACUGCAACAGCUUUGAUUCUCGUGGGAGGGGAGACCAUGAAACUAUUCUUUCAGAUAGUUUGUGGUCCACUCUGUUCAUCAAAUCCUCUGACGACUGUUGAGUGGUAUUUGGUAUUUACGUCCUUGUGCAUUGUACUAUCCCAGCUUCCGAACCUCAAUUCAAUUGCCGGACUCUCGCUGGUAGGGGCGGUGACUGCCAUCACGUACUCGACCAUGGUGUGGUUGCUCUCUGUAAGCCAACCUAGACCACCCACAAUUUCAUAUCAACCCCUUUCACUGCCCACGGCAACAGCUUCUGUGUUCUCCGUCUUGAAUGCACUUGAUACGGAACGUUCUGACCUGAAUUGGCGUUCAUCUCGGGAUGGUCUAGAUACAGGUGAUCGUUCUGACACAUCAGGGAUCGAUUUAAACCGAUUCAGUCAACUGACUGCAAGUUAA